UUUUAACAAAAAUGAGUCUUCCAUCCAUUAAGAUCAGUAGGCCUACUUAUUGCCCCAUUUCAGUAGUAGACGGGUUUGUCGUAGACUCAUUAUAUUCCAUGGCAACAGUGUUUGCUUUAUCUUCCCACCUCCUCUUCACCCCCUGCUCCCCACGGAAGAAUGAAUCUGGAUUUCCUCUCCACAUCAUCCCUGUUUCUGUGAUUCGCUCUGUUAGUGUGUCAGGAUGGGCUAAAAACAUUUGCUAGCACCUGCGCACCAUACAUCUGGGCCCUCCACAGUCUCGCCUGUGCACAGGUGGUGACUCUCGACACCAUGCAGGGACCUCGGAGGAAGAUGAAGGUCAUGGUGAUGAUGACGAUGGUGUUCAUCUUCAUAGUGGUGGAGGUCUCUCGCAAUGCUGGGAAGGGCGACAGCAACAGAAAUAAGCAGCUGGUUCCCACGAAGCGUUUCUGGGCAAAAGAUCUUCCCAGUGACACCUACUGGAAUCGCCUGCAGCAACAGCUGAACUACAUCAACAACCGCAACCUAGGAAAGCUCAACUUCACAAUUGAUAAGCUUCCAGACUGGCUAAACGACACAGUCAGUCUGGACUCCUGUGAGCCAGACUUCAGGGUAACCACCCAAGUCAAGGAUUACAACUCGCUACCGGAUCGCUUCAAGGACUUCCUGCUGUAUAUGCGCUGCAGGUCCUAUCCCAUCGUGGUGGACCAGCCAAACAUGUGCAAAGACCCACCGUUCCUCCUCCUAGGUAUUAAAUCUUUAGUCCCACACUUUGAUCGACGUCAGGCCAUCCGCGAGUCGUGGGGCAAAGCUGGUCGCCUUGCAAACAAGACUGUCGUUACGGUGUUUCUUCUUGGAAACGCAGCCAUGGAGGACCACUUCCCUGAUCUCUCAAAGAUGCUCCACCAUGAGAGCUCCAUACAUGGAGAUAUUCUUCAAUGGGACUAUAGGGACACCUUCUUCAACCUCACCAUCAAGGAAGUGCUUUUCCUGGAAUGGCUGAGAACCCGCUGUCCUGGAGUCAGUUACAUUUUCAAGGGCGAUGACGAUGUUUUUGUUAACACCAUCCGCAUUAUAGACUUCCUAAGCAACCUUUCUCAUGCCAAAGCCAAGGAACUGUUUGUAGGAGAUGUGAUCACCAACGCUGGUCCGCAUAGAGACAAAAAGGUCAAGUAUUUUAUCCCGGAAAGCAUGUUUGUUGGAACGUACCCAGCCUAUGCGGGUGGGGGCGGUUAUUUGUUCUCGGGACAGCUGAUCCAGAAACUUCAUAACAUCUCAAGGUCGGUGCCCCUCUACCCCAUUGAUGAUGUAUACACAGGUAUGUGCCUUAAGAAACUGGGCCUUGCCCCUGAGAAGCACAAAGGCUUCAGAACCUUUGAUAUCGAGGAGAAAUAUCGCAAUAAUGCCUGUGCCUAUAAAAGCCUGAUGCUGGUCCAUCCCAGAAGUCCUCAACAUAUGAUUCAAAUCUGGGCCUGGCUGAAUGACCCAGCCUUGAACUGUCAGUGAACUGCUGAUCCAGGGUUUUGGCUGCUUUAAAGGGAUAGUUCACCCAAAAACGUUAAUUCUGUCAUCAUUUACUCACCGUCAUGAC